AUGUGCCAGCUUGCUGACAGUCGGGCAGACAUCAAUCCCUCGGCCACCUACGAAGCUUUUUCGCUGUCUUUCCUCGCACGGAAUGACUUGAGACUUGUCGAGCAGCAUGCGGAGGUAUUCUCUCGCAAUAUUGACCUUGGCCGCCUCGCGACAGCUAUCACCGAGGUAUACCUAGACGGACGCAUUAAUGGUGUUAGCCGUGACCAGCAAUUGUGGCUCCUUGCACAUUUCAUUGGGCUUCACCAAGGGAGUGGUACCAAGUCGCAAGGACUGCAGCAUUUGAAUGCACUGCACCUGCAACUCUCAAGUCUGUCUGCAGAUAUCAGCCUGAGACUAUCUGUGAAGCCCGCUGAGCCCAACUCGUCAACCAUUGAUUCAAACAGCGCUGAUGACCAACUCAUCCUGCCCCUACCCUUAUACAUUACUCAAAGACUCACGUCAUUGGUGGACAGGAACGGCAUAUCAAUUCUUCUGGCUGAACUCACCAACAACUUUGGAUCUAGAUCCACGUCCCAGGAGUUCGAGAGCGCAAGCCUACUAUCCGGCUACAUUCUCACACUUCUCCGAUGCUUUCCCGAGAAUGGCGAUGAAAUUCGCAUGCGACUGUUCUUGGGUGACAUUCCUUCAAACGUGGGCACCUUGCCAACCAUCAAAUUUCUCUGGCAAGCUAUGAGCCAGACCAGCAUUUACAGACAGGUGCUGCGGGACUCAACGUCUGUAGUCGGCUUGGUACGAAACUACCUCUCAAAAUCCAAGUCUGCCGAGGUAUCACGCGAGCAGGAAUGGCGGCUGAUGCUCCUGUUUCUCGAACUUUACACUUUCAUUCUUCGUCUGAGUGACGAUGAAGACUUCUUCAGCAGCAUUUUCCCAUCAUUACUCCAGGGUAGCAAGCAGCCCUCUCGUCUGCGGUCAUGCGGCCUGUCACGGCAAGAAGUGGAAGACCUCAGCAUCGUUCUGAAGCACCUCGCCUUUGCCCUCCACUACAACGCACAAGAUAUUCAGCAGGGCAUCCAAAACUCAGAGCCGGUUUCCAUGAGCCAACUUGAGUCCUAUUUUGGAAACAGUGCCUCAAAGACAUUGAAGGAUGCCAAAGCACAGAACCCGAAAUCCACUUCGUCAGAUACAAGGCUUGAUCUGGGCAGCCUCCGCAGUAUUGUCACUUCAGCGUUGCGACUUUUAUAUGAGCGAGACUCGAGGCGGCCGUUCUUACCACCGAAUCAUUGGCUGAUGACAUCGAAAUUUGACAUGGAGGGCUUUGUUAGCGCCGUGGUCGCCGAACAGGAACGCCAGAACGAAAUGUCUGACUCCAGUGACGACGAAGAUGGAGAGAUUGACGAAGACGCCAACAUCGGGGGCAGCUUCAUACAUACCGUAGCCGGUCAGCGCGUUUCGCGUCAUGCUCAGAUCGAAAAGCUACGAUCUCAGCAGCGAAGGGCGCAAAGAGAUCGCCUCCUAGCAGUCAUUGGACCAAAGCUGGAAAUCUUGCGUCACAUGCCUUUUGUCAUCCCCUUCGAUACCCGUGUCCAAAUUUUCCGUCAGUUCGUCUACCUUGACAAGCAUAAGCGUCGAGAUGGCAUGGACGCUGAGCAGUGGAGGAUGAUGAUGAUGCACAACCCCUUAAGAUCCCCUGGUAGAAGCCCAGCUGGUCGCCAUCACGGCAAGAUCAGGAGAGGUCAAGUGUUCCGCGAUGCCUUUGAGCAAUUCUAUGAGCUGGGAGAGGGCCUCAAAGAACCCAUUCAAAUCCAGUUCGUAGACCAGUUCGACACAAUUGAAGCAGGUAUCGAUGGAGGUGGAGUCACAAAAGAAUUUCUCACCAGCGUUACAACAGAAGCGUUCAGCAAAAUGGAAGGCAUCUCAUUGUUCACAGCCAACAGUCAAGGCCUGUUAUACCCUAACCCAACCGCAAUGGACGAGCUGAAAGAGGUUAUGAGAAGAGCUGGAUACCCAGAGUAUUCUGCAGACUGGCAAGACCAGGUGCAGGACCUUUUGCGGCAGUUUGAGUUCCUCGGCCGAAUCGUGGGCAAAUGCAUGUAUGAGGGCAUCCUCAUUGACAUUGCAUUUGCCGGGUUCUUCCUGCUGAAGUGGACUUCUGGUCAGACCGGGGAAAACAGCUACCGCGGCAACGUCAACGAUUUACGAGAUCUCGACGAGGAGCUUUACCAGGGAAUGCUGCACCUGAAGAACCUUACUAGCAACGUCGCAGACUUGGCGCUUGACUUUACCAUCACCGACCAGGUUUCAUUACCAGGGGAACCUGUGCGCACUGUUUCUAGAAAUCUUAUCCCCAACGGCGAGAACGUCCCCGUUACGAACGACAAUCGCCUGCUGUACAUAUCGUACGUCGCGCGCCACCGCCUAGUUGCCCAGCCUGCGCAACAGACGGCUGCUUUCCUGCGUGGACUGCGCUCCAUCAUAGCCCCAUCUUGGCUCUCCAUGUUUAACCAGAACGAGAUACAGCGUCUCGUCGGCGGCGACAGCUCUGAGAUCGACAUUGAUGACUUGCGUCAGAACACCAUCUACUCGGGCCUGUACGAAGUUGGAGACGAUGGUCUGGAGCACCCAACGGUCCAACUCUUCUGGAAGGUCAUGGCUGGGUUCUCGGAUAAGGAGCGUCGGGAUGUGCUCAAGUACGUCACCAGUACGCCGCGAGCGCCGCUGCUGGGCUUUUCACAACUGAGUCCUCGAUUCAGCAUUCGCGACGGUGGUGAGGAUCAGGAGAGGUUACCGAGCACGAGUACGUGUGUCAAUCUUCUCAAGUUGCCGCGAUACAAGGACGAGGAGACGCUGAGGAAGAAGCUGCUCUACGCCGUUUCUUCCGGGGCCGGCUUUGACCUCAGCUAA